UUAACCCGGCGCUCAUGGAGGCUGAAACCCGGAAGGAGUCGGGAGAGAACCAGGAAGGCGCCGGUCCCUUUUGUUGGUCGGUGCGAGACUGAGCAGCCGAGGGCGGGCGAGACUCGCGCCAAGUCUUUUCUCCCUAGGUGUUUAGAAGCCCAUCAAAGAUGCCAUACUUAGGCUCAGAGGAUACAGUGAAGGAGCUGAAGAGAGCACUGUCUAACCCUCAUGUGCAAACUGACCGUCUCCGCUACAGGAAUGUUAUCCAGCGAGUGAUCAGGCAUAUGACCCAAGGUGUAGAUGUGUCCAGUGUGUUUAUGGAGAUGGUCAAAGCUAGUGCCACAGUGGAUAUUGUUCAGAAAAAGCUAGUGUACUUGUAUAUGUGCACAUAUGCUCCUUUGAAGCCCGAUCUGGCUCUUUUAGCUAUCAACACCCUUUGCAAAGACUGCUCAGACCCCAACCCCAUGGUUAGGGGCCUCGCCUUGCGCAGCAUGUGCAGCUUCAGGAUGCCCAGCAUACAGGAGUAUAUCCAACAGCCAAUCCUGAAUGGUUUGCGAGACAAAGCCUCCUACGUAAGGAGAGUCGCUGUCCUCGGAUGUGCAAAGAUGCAGAAACUGCAAGGGGACUGUGAAGUGGAUGGCGCACUAGUUAAUGAGCUAUAUAGUUUGCUUCGUGACCAGGAUCCUAUUGUAGUGGUGAAUUGUUUGAGGGCGCUAGAGGAGAUCCUGGCACACGAAGGAGGAGUUGUCAUCAACAAACCCAUUGCCCACCAUCUUCUCAACAGGAUGCCUGACCUAGACCAGUGGGGACAGAGUGAAGUGUUGACUUUCCUCUUGCGCUACAAUCCCCGCUCUGAAGAAGAGCUCUUUGACAUCCUUAACUUACUGGAUGGAUAUCUCAAGAGUAGCAGCUCCAGCGUGGUGAUGGCUGCCACAAAACUUUUCUUAGUGCUGGCCAGAGACUUUCCCCACGUGCAGGAAGAUGUGCUGGUGAGAGUGAAGGGCCCGCUCCUGACUGCUUGCACCUCUGAGAGUCGGGAGCUCUGUUUCACUGCCUUGUGUCAUGUGCGCCAGAUCUUAGACAGCCUUCCCGGCCAUUUCAGUAGCCACUACAAGAAGUUCUUCUGCUCAUAUUCAGAACCACAUUAUAUCAAGUGCCAGAAAAUGGAGGUUUUGUGCAAGCUGGUGAACGAUGAAAAUGUGCCACAGAUACUGGAGGAACUAAGAGAUUACUGCACUGACGUGUCAGCAGAGCUUGCACAAGGCGCAAUCUUUGCCAUUGGCAACAUCGCAAGGACCUACACAGAGCAGUGUGUGAGGAUCCUAACGGAACUCCUUGAACUGAAGCAGGAGCAUAUAACUUCAGCUGUAGUUCAGGUGUUCCGGGACCUGGUGUGGUUGUGUCCGCAGUGUAUAGAGAAUGUGUCCCAGGCUUUGGGUGGCUGUGAGGAGACCAUCCAGGACAGUGAGGGAAAGCAAGCACUGAUCUGGCUGCUGGGGGUACAUGGAGAGAGAGUCCCCAGUGCCCCCUAUAUUUUGGAGGAUUUUGUAGAGAAUGUGAAAUCAGAGACCUUCUCGGUUGUGAAGCUGGAACUGCUAACAGCUCUGGUGCGGCUUUUCAUAGGACGUCCAGCUGAGUGUCAGGACAUGUUGGGUCGAUUGCUCUAUUACUGCAUAGAGGAGGAGAGGGACAUGACAGUUCGGGAUCGUGCGCUCUUCUACUAUCGUCUUUUGCAAGCUGGCAUGGAGGAAGCAAAAGGGAUCCUUUGCUGCCCUACAUCUGAUCACUCUCUGAGGUUCUUGGAAGGGCAGACUGAAGGCUCUGUGAAUGUGUGGGCCUCUGACUUUAACUCACUGGUGCCUAUAUAUGGCAAAGAGCAAUGGGCAACCAUGACAGCCAGCCAGGUUACUGGCCUUCCCCAUGCAGAUUCCCCCUCUGAAGAUCCCACAACGGUGGAUGAAGAGCCCCUGAAAACGGAAAAGGACGAGGAGGUUCCUUCUGUUGACACCAGUUCGAGCAGCCUGAUUCUCAGACCAAGCAUGUGCAUGACUGCCGAGCAGUUUGAGAGGACGUGGCUAAACCUGGGUUUGGGCUGCCAGCAAGCUGUUCCCUGGCAGGAAACUGUGCAGCCAGACACUGUACAGGCUGCACUUCAGGUUGUCCAUAUCCAGACUAUUGCUAUGAGCAAGGCUGGUUCACCGCUGUGGAAGGCCUACCUUGUUGCCCAGGAUGAUACAGGCUGCCUUUUCCUGACAGAGCUGCUGCUUGAAGUGGGGGCUGCAGAGAUGCAAAUGUUGGUGAAGCAGAGUGAAAACAAGCCAGAGGCACUGCAGGCGUUCAUCUCAGUCUUGAAGACUGUGUUGGGAACAGUGGCCGGAUUGACAUCCUGAUUCUUUCGAACCACUGAUAUGGGUCACGAAUAGGAUGAGACUUAAGUCUGUUUGCAGAUGGCAUUCUUCAAAUUAGGCUGCAGCUCUUAUGAACUGUUUGUACAGGAGUGGAACACUUCCAUCGCAGGCUGAGCGAGAUCCAGAUGCCCCAUCCCACUCCCUUAUCUUGGAAUAUUUUGGUGGGAGCUGCUGCUUGGCUUGACACCAGAGAUGAACAAGCAAGGGGGCGGGGAAUGCUGCUUGGAAUAAUGCUGGUUUUAUAUGUGACUUUGGUUCCCGUAGUGGAUUUGAGUGGUUUUUAUUUUGAGAAUCUUUUGUAAGCUGCUUUGAGUCCCUUUCGGAGUGGAUUGGGCCUACUUUGGAUAGUUUAAAGGGGUCAGCACAUUCCCAAAAAUGGGUUUGAUGUAUCAAUCAUCAUUAAAGCGCCGAAGGAUC